CACUGGAGUGUAAUCCAAUCGUCGGUAGCAUCCACCAUGAAGGCGUUCGUAGUAUUUUCCAUGGCUUUGGCCGUUGUUUCCUGCGCGGCAGUUGACGAUUCCUCCAAGAAGGACAAACGUGGCCUUUGGGAUCUGGGAUACGGACACGAUUCUCUCAGCUUCGAUGACCACCACGAUAACCACCAUGAAGUGAAGCACUUGACCACCACCAUCACCAAGAAUGUCGCAGUCCCGUACCCAGUUGAGGUCGAGAAGCAUGUUCCAGUUGAGGUGAAGGUCCCAUACCCGGUUCAUGUCGAGAAGAAGGUUCCAGUCUACGUGGAGAAGAAAGUGCCAGUUUACAUCGAGAAAAAGGUCCCAGUCCACAUUGACCGUCCAGUCCCAUACCCAGUGGAAGUGAAGGUCCCAGUUGUCCACAAGGAAUACGUCGAAGUGCCGAAACCGUACGCAGUUCAUGUUGAGAAGCGCGUUCCAGUGGUUGUUCACAAGCCAGUGUACAUCGAGAAGCACGUUCCAGUGACCUUUACCAUCAAGAAGCACGAAAAGAAGCACUGGUGGUAA